AAACCCUCAAUAAAAACCCUUCUCUGUUUGCAUUGUUUUCUUCGUUCUCGAUCUCGAUCUCUUCUCGGGUGGAGCGAGAUAGAUUUAGAUCAAUAUUUCGAUCCAUAGAGAAGGAGGAGGAGAGAGAAGAGAUGGCGAGCAACAGCGGAGUGGAUCUGGAGGACAUUCCAUCGGUAGAUCUGAUGACGGAGCUUCUCCGCCGCAUGAAAUGCGCCUCCAAGCCCGACAAGCGCCUCAUCCUCGUCGGCCCACCGGGAUCUGGAAAGGGGACCCAGUCACCAAUAAUUAAGGAUGAAUAUUGCUUAUGCCAUUUGGCCACAGGUGAUAUGUUGAGGGCUGCUGUUGCAGCCAAGACCCCUCUUGGGGUCAAAGCUAAAGAGGCCAUGGAUAAGGGUGAGCUUGUCUCUGAUGACUUGGUUGUUGGAAUAAUCGAUGAAGCCAUGAAGAAACCAUCAUGCCAAAAGGGAUUCAUUCUUGAUGGGUUCCCAAGGACGGUUGUUCAAGCACAAAAGCUUGAUGAGAUGUUGGAAAAGCAGGGCACCAAAAUUGACAAGGUGCUCAACUUUGCAAUUGAUGAUGCCAUACUGGAAGAAAGAAUUACUGGUCGUUGGAUCCAUCCAGCUAGUGGAAGGACUUACCAUUCAAAAUUUGCUCCUCCAAAGGUUCCUGCCAUUGAUGAUGUCACUGGAGAGCCACUGAUUCAAAGGAAGGAUGACACAGCUGAGGUCCUUAAGUCAAGGCUUGAAGCAUUCCACAGACAAACUGAACCUGUCAUUGAUUACUACUCCAAGAAGGGUGUCGUGGUGCAGCUUCAUGCCGACAAACCCCCAAAAGAUGUCACCACCGAGGUUCAGAAGGCUCUUUCAUGAGCGGAACCUCCCCACAAUUAUUUGUUUAUCAAUGUAACUCACCUGGGCAUUGGUUAACCUGUGCACUCUGAUACAUUGUCAGCUGGAGGUUGAAUCUCCUGAAAUUUUUUUUCCCUUUCACCAAGCAUUUUGCACUUCGGCUUUUUGGCUUGAGAGUUCUUAACAAAUGCAGGCCAGAAUAAAGUUUUUCACAUGCAACCAAGAGUUUUUGUAGUAAAAGUUGUGAUGUGGCAUGGAAUUGAUCAGAUCUUUUGUGUGAAAA